AAGGCAUGUCCGAUGAGGAGCUACAGGAGAAAGCUCUGUGUGUAGCCAAACACACUCUGAGUGGGAAGACGGACCUGGAGCGAGUGUCCGUACUGCACCAGCACAUCGGGAGCAGAGCUAUGGGCGACAUGGUGAUAGAAACCUUUGAGCCCGGCCCAGAUAAAGGAGGAGGUGAAGACCCAGAUGGUGAACCUCAGGCUGCAGGGACGGAGGCAGACAGUCAGGAGGGCGCCGAGGGCACCGAGGGCGCACAGGACGGCAGCGAGGCGACCGGCGCUGCCCCCGACUCCCCCUCCAAGCAGCUGCCAGACCAGAUCUCCUUCUUCAGCGGGAACCCCUCAGUGGAGAUCAUCCACGGCAUCAUGCACCUCUACAAGACCAAUAAAAUGACGUCGCUGACUGAAGACGUGAGACGCAGCGCGAUGGUGUGCAUCCUGACCGUCCCCGCGACCAUGACCAGCCAUGACCUCAUGAAGCUCAUGGCACCUUACAAUGACGUGAUGGAGCACAUGAAGAUCAUACGGGACUCCACCCCGAACCAGUACAUGGUUCUGAUCAAGUUCUGCACACAGGCAGACGCAGACAGUUUUUACACGGCGUGUAACGGCCGCCAGUUCAACUCCAUCGAGGACGCCGUGUGCCAACUGGUGUAUGUGCAGCGGGCAGAGGUUAUAAAGUCUGAAGAGGGAGCCAGCCUGCCGGUGAUGGAGCUGACCGAGCUGCCAAAGUGCACCGUGUGCCUGGAGAGGAUGGACGAGUCGGUCAACGGCAUCCUCACCACUCUCUGCAACCACAGCUUUCACAGCCAGUGUCUCCAGCGGUGGGAAGACGCCUCGUGUCCUGUGUGCAGGUACUGCCAAACACCAGAACCAGUGGAAGAGAACAAGUGCUUCGAGUGCGGCGUGCAGGAGAACCUGUGGAUCUGUUUGAUCUGCGGCCACAUCGGUUGUGGUCGCUACGUUAGCCGGCAUGCCUACAAGCACUUUGAGGAAACACAGCAUACUUACGCUAUGCAGCUCACCAACCACCGGGUCUGGGACUACGCAGGAGAUAACUACGUGCAUCGGCUGGUGGCCAGUAAGACCGACGGGAAGAUGGUGCAGUAUGAAUGCGAGGGAGACACCUGCCACGCUGAGAAAAUUGACGCACUUCAACUAGAGUACUCGUACCUGCUGACGAGUCAACUGGAGUCUCAGAGGAUUUACUGGGAGAAUAAGAUCGUUCACCUGGAGAAGGAGACGGCCGAGGAGAUAAACAACAUGAAGGCUAAAUUUAAGGAGACCCUGGAGCGCUGCGAUAACUUGGAGCGGCGCUUCACCGAAAUAAGCAAAGACAAGCAGAGCAUGGAGAAAAAGUGCACUCAGCUGACAACUCGCGUGGCGAAGCUGAGCCAAGAGCUGAAGGAGGAGCAGGAGAUGAACCGCUGUCUGAGAGCCAAUCAGGUCCAGCUGCAGUCCCAGCUGGCCGAGGAGGAGCGCAAAGGAAAAGAGAACUGCGAGCGUAAGGACGAGGCGAUCGGAGAGCUUCAGGAGCAGCUGAGAGACGUGAUGUUCUAUCUGGAAACGCAGCAGCAGAUUGAACACCUCACUCCGGAGGCUCGCAGCGAAAUCCAAGAAGGACAGAUCAACAUCGGGGCCAGCCCGUCGGACAACCCGGCCGGAGCGGGCCCGUCCUCUGGCAGAGGCAGGAGAGGCCGGGGCAGGAAGAGGAAGUAGGCAGCGGUUACAAUCUCCUGGAAACUGCUAGAAACUGUCGCUGCCUCCCAGAGUGGACACGUUUAUGGCUCUCCUUUUUUUCUGUUAAACGUGUGUCUGCAUCGUUGUGGUUCUCCAGAAAGCACUCGGAGGAGGAGGAGGAGUGAAGACGCUCAGCUUAUUGAAGAAAAGCGUGAAUAGUGAUGUUAUUUACCCACACAAUUUCCCAUCCUAACGCAACGUAGCUUCCACGGGAGGAGACGAGGGGAAUGUGGGUGGAUCGCUGAAUCUUUAAAGACUGCAAGCUUUGUGGUUUCCAAAUAUUUCCACCAGUGUGAUGUAAAUCUAUUCUGCUAUUUCCAGAUCUAAAAACAAAUCUAUUUUGGUCAUGAAUGAUAUUUAUUUGAUCAAAAUUCUGCUCAUUUGUGGAGUCUAACCCCUGUAAUAGUACUUCUUCUUAUCAAGGUCUGGCUGACGUCUUUAUAUUUCUUUAAAAUGUCAAGUUUUCCUUUUACGUGAAAGACAAAGAGAUGCUGGUAGAUGAAUGUUUGCUUUGUGUAAAGGAGAAUUAUGACCAAGUUUUGUCAUAAAUCCUUUUAAAUUUCACUUUUUUUUGUCUAUUCUUAAGUAAAACGCUGAAACCUU